AUGUCAAGAAGAGGCUUACGAGAUGAAGAAAUCGAACGAUUAUUGUGUGAAAUUCCAUCAGACGAGGAUUCCACUGUUGACACCACAGAUGACGAAUCUGAUUAUGAAGCAAGCAUUGUUGCGGAGGCUAUUGUGUCGUCUGAAGGCGAAGUUUCAGAGAGCGAGGAAGAAAGUGAGUCCACUCCGCCAAAACGCGCUGCUGACACAGCGCCAACUUGGGGACAACAAUUCAAUGCUACCUCAGGAAUGCAGUUCGACAGUGAAUCAGGACCAAGUGCUUUUAUUAGGGACAUUGAUGAUCCAGAACCUAUCGAUAUAUUCGAAAAAAUAUUUCCAAAAGAGCUAGUUCAGCUAAUCGUUUUCCAAACAAAUUUAUAUGCGACGCAAUCUGGCAAGUCUUUCACUCCAACAACUGACAAUGAAAUACGAACUUUCCUGGGAAUCAACAUUUUGAUGGGUAUAAAGCGUAUGCCAGCAUACAGAGACUACUGGUCUAGUGCCCCAGAACUUCAUGAUCGUUAUAUUGCAUCUCUGAUGGCAGUAAAUCGGUUUGGAUGGUUACUGAGGAACAUUCAUCUGAAUGAUAACACAUUGCAUCCAGAAAAAGGACACCCAGGUUAUGACAAACUGUACAAGCUGCGACCAGUGAUCAAGAUACUAUCUGAAUCUUUUUCCAAGUGUUACCAACCCAGCAAACACCUAGCAAUUGAUGAGUCAAUGAUCAAAUUCAAAGGCCGCAACAGUAUGAAACAAUACAUGAGAGAUAAACCCAUAAAGCGUGGUUACAAAGUGUGGAUGCUGUGUGACAAGACCUCUUACAACUUGAAAUUUGAUAUUUACACCGGAAAAGUAGGUGACACAGUGCAAACAGGCCUUGGGGAGCAUGUAGUGCUGAGUUUGUCCUCUGAACUCGUAAAUAAAGGCCAUUAUCUUUAUUUCGACAACUAUUUCAAUAGCUAUAACUUGUUGGCUGGUUUACAGCAGAGAAACAUAUAUGCCUGUGGGACAGUUCAACCAACAAGGAAACAUUUACCCAAAUUAAAAACAGACAAAGAAUUAAGCAGAGGUGAAUUUGACUGGAGGGUCAGCAACUGUGGCAUCCUCUACUUGAAGUGGAAAGAUAAGAGAGCUGUUCAUCUCCUUUCAAAUUUUCACAGUCCUGAAGUUACUACAUUCGAUAUGGCAAAUAAUGAAGUUGGUGCAACUGCAGUAGACAGGGAGGUGAAAGCAGACUCUUUAAGCGAAAGUAAUCAGGUGGUCACGAAAACAGAAACAAGGAGUAGCAGAGUGUCGGAUUCUGGUAUAGGUGACAGUACUAUAUCAACAGAGAUGGGAAGUCCUAAUGCGGAGUCGUCACCAAUCAUGGAGACGCCUAGACGGGAUGAGUAUGAUAAUAAACAAUUAAAGGAGGAUAUUACGCGAUCGGUAGAGCAUAUAAACGAACGACUCAGUAAAAACAUCGACGAGACUAAUGAGACUCUUAGGAAACUGGCUGUGUCAAGUCAUCAGAGGAUAGAUGAACUCACCGUUUGGUUUGAGGAGAAUGUUGCAAGCAGUACUAAACGUUUUGAAAAGGUAGAAUCAGAUGUCAAAUAA